AGCCAGCAAUGGUGUACAGUGGACCAUGUUUUGCGAUUGGCAAGCGCCAUAUAUGCUUUAAUGAAUUCACCAUCAGAUUCGAAUACUCCCGCAGAACUGUUAAUGAAAACGAAACUUUUUUUGCAAACUAUGGAAAUCUCUUCAUUAUCGCAUUUUCUUCCAAAUCAAGACAUUCAAACUCUUCGGCGGAUUAUUUCUGAUUUACGUUAUCAACAAUCAUACAAUGGCAAAUGUAUGAUUGUUUCAAGUUUUUUUAUUAUAAUGCUAAAAAAAAUUAUUGAAGAAGUUUUAGUUCUUUUUGCAAAAAUUAUAUCACUGUAUUUAUUAAAUUCGACGAAUUGCGAUCGAUUAUUAGUUAUCGCUCUCGAACAAUUAAUUCAUUUAAUGCUUUUUGGAGAUGAAAUAUGUUUGGCAAUUUUAUCAUUAUGUGAUAUAUCGUCAACACCAAAUGAAACGUUACGGUUAUUAUUGCGUGCCUUAUCAAUUUUGUGUGGCUUAUAUAAAGCGUCAUUAAGAUUAAUAUUUCUUGGUGGCCUAGAAACAAUAAUAAAUAUAAUGUUCACUGCACCAAUCCCAUGUGCUGUAGAAGCUGCUGGAGUAUUCGCUCAGUUAACGAAUCCCAAUCAUAAUUUCAUCACGUUUAACUCAUCGCUAUUCAUCACUGUUGAAACCAUUUGCUAUUGCCACUCAAACUGUUUCCAACUCAUUAAAUUUAAAAAUUACAAUAGAAAUUUAGAAAUUAUCGAUGAGAGUUUGACAUCCGAAUCAUUACUCUUAUCAAUGGUUGCUUUGGCCAAUAUCACUUCGCAAAAAAAACCUGUAGUAGAUUCACUAUAUCGACACAAUGGUAUUAAGCGGAUUGUUAAUGCCUUACAAAGACCUGACUGUAAAACGGUUUUUGUACUAGAACAGGUAAUAAUUUUCAGUUUAGCAUAUGCCAUAAUAGCUCAAAACGCAAUACCUUUACUGCUAUCUGCUCUUACAGAGACUGAUGCAGUAUAUUCGCAUUAUUGCCAGCAAAUACAGCAUAAAGCUGCAAUUUGUAUCAAUGCCUUAGCAUCAAAGGGGAUCGGCCUGAAGGCGCUUUAUGAAAAAAAUGGAUAUAUGGUUAUUUCCAAACUACUCAGAAUGGAAUGCAUUCAAAGGACUUCUGUUGCAGUUAUAUGUUCGAAUAUAAAAGUUAUGAUGGAAAAAAAAUAUCAGCUUGAAAGCGCUGUUUGA